ACUCCCAGCUCCAGCUCGCCUAUUCUACACUUGCUUUUUUGCUCCCAACCAGGAAGCCACCAUGUCUUGCCGCUCCUACCGAGUCAGCUCUGGUCACCAGGUGGGCAACUUCAGCUCUUGUUCAGCAAUGACACCGCAGAACCUGAACCGCUUCCAGGCCAACUCUGUCUCCUGUUGGAGUCGGCCCGGCUUCCGGGGCCUUGGCAGCUUUGGUAGUCGGAGUGUCAUCACCUUUGGAUCGUACUCACCCCGGAUAGCAGCUGUAGGCUCUCAGCCCGUCCGCUGUAGAGUGGGCUUUGGUGCUGGCUGUGGGAUGGGUUUUGGUGAUGGAAGAGGUGUUGGUCUGGGGCCUAGGGCUGACAGCUGUGUUGGUCUGGGCUUUGGAGCUGGCAGUGGCAUUGGCUAUGGCUUUGGUGGCCCUGGCUUUGGUUACAGAGUUGGAGGGUUUGGAGUUCCAGCAGCCCCAUCUAUCACAGCUGUGACUGUGAACAAGAGCCUGCUGAGCCCCCUCAACCUGGAGAUUGACCCCAAUGCCCAGAGGGUGAAGAAGGAUGAGAAGGAGCAAAUCAAGACCCUCAACAACAAGUUUGCCUCCUUCAUUGACAAGGUGCGGUUCCUAGAGCAGCAGAAUAAGCUCCUAGAGACCAAGUGGAGCUUCCUCCAAGAGCAGAAAUGUGUCAGACGCAACCUGGAGCCACUCUUCGAGAGCUACAUCACCAACCUGCGGAAGCAGUUGGAGGCACUCGUCAGCGACCAGGCCCGGCUCCAGGCUGAGAGGAACCACCUGCAGGAUGUCCUAGAGGGCUUCAAGAAGAAGUAUGAAGAGGAAGUGGUAUGUCGGGCCAAUGCUGAGAAUGAGUUUGUGGCUCUGAAGAAGGAUGUUGAUGCAGCUUUCAUGAAUAAGUCUGAUCUCGAGGCCAACGUGGAUACCCUAACUCAGGAAAUUGACUUUCUAAAAACGCUUUACAUGGAGGAAAUCCAGUUGCUGCAGUCGCACAUCUCAGAGACGUCAGUCAUUGUGAAGAUGGACAACAGCCGUGACCUGAACCUUGAUGGGAUCAUUGCUGAGGUCAAGGCCCAGUAUGAGGAGGUGGCCAGGCGCAGCCGGGCUGAUGCUGAGGCCUGGUACCGGACCAAGUAUGAAGAGAUGCAGAUGACAGCUGGCCAACACUGUGACAACCUGCGCAACAUACGGAACGAGAUCAAUGAACUGACCCGCCUGAUCCAGAGGCUUAAGGCAGAGAUUGAGCACGCCAAGGCUCAGCGUGCCAAGUUGGAGGCUGCAGUGGCCGAGGCCGAGCAGCAUGGGGAGGCGACCCUCAAUGACGCCAAAUGCAAGCUGGCAGAUCUGGAGUGUGCCCUGCAGCAGGCCAAGCAGGACAUGGCGCGGCAGCUGCGCGAGUACCAGGAGCUGAUGAAUGCCAAGCUGGGCCUGGACAUCGAGAUCGCCACCUACAGGCGCCUGCUGGAGGGCGAGGAGAGCCGGCUCUGUGAAGGUGUUGGACCAGUAAACAUAUCCGUCAGCAGCUCCCGGGGCAGCCUGAUGUGGGGGCCUGAGCCUUUGGUUGCCAGCUCCACCCUCUCCGGCGGCGGGGUCACCUUCUCAGGCAGCAGCAGCGUCUGUGCCACCAGUGGGGUCCUAGCUUCCUGCGGCCCCAGCCUGGGUGGAUCCCGGAUCACCCCGGCCACUGGGGACCUGCUGAGCACUGGCACGAGGAGUGGCUCCGUGCUCGUCAGCGAGGCCUGUGUCCCCAGAGUCCCCUGCCCCCUGCCCACCCAGGGGGGCUCCAGCGGGGGCCGCAGCUCCAGCGUCCGCUUCGUGUCCACCACCACCUCCUGCCGGACCAAGUACUGAGAGCCCAGCCCCAGACAGCUGCUGCCCAGAGAAGAACCAGCUCCACGGCUCCUGCUUCUGCCCCCAGGGUUCGUGGGCUUUGGGCUCGAGGGUCUCCAGCUCCCCUUCCUGCGAGGAAGCCACCCCUUAGCACUCCCCCGGCUGUUCUGCCUGGCCCCAUGUCCUCUUGGAGGAUUUUUCUGCCAUGUAGAUGGUCCAUUAGCAGUUCCAGCCAAGCUGGCU